AUGGUAGAUAAUGUUUUUGGCAAUGAAACGACGGAGCUACAUGGAAAAAGUGAAAUAUUGUCGAGGAGAAAGAGAUUCUUGGUAUUCCCGGAAGGUAGUUCUUUGCAGUUAGUAUUCUGCAACUCGUUUCCUCUGGUCUCUGCAAUCGGGGAUAUUAUGCUCUGGGGGUAUACAGCAGCUUUGGCGUACGAGCUACCUCAGGAUCCGUACUCCCCCUUCAUGCACCACGCUGACCCUCUGCACAGAAGAGUUGACACCAAGGAGAUUUAUUACAUGAACGAAAACGGCAAGAUUAUUUAUAAACGGCCUUAUAAGAAAAAGUUUAUUGUAAAUCCGGCUUUUGCGAAGCGUAGUGUGGAUUCGCCGAAAACACGUGGAGAUGCAUUCAAAAUAGACAGGAUACAGAUGCACAGAUUGCGUAGUGAGCGGGAGUUUUUGAAAAGCGUCCACAUGGAUAGAGGCAGCGUCGAAUUUCACAGGAGAAGUCGCUCUCUGUUGUACCAGAAAAUUGAGACAAUGCUGCAGAGCUCCGGCGUCGGUGGGAGGCGAUGCAUGUUGAAAACUUUAUGCUUAGUCGGACAGACGCAGGACAAUCCCCAGGGCAGCUUCCUGCAGGAGAUAUUGAGGAGUGUAUUCACGUUACCAAAGGGCCACUCUUCUGAUCCGGAGUAUAAAGAGUAUGACGACGCAAUGUCUGCUAAGGAAUCCUGUGAUGUUUUGUAUCCUGAAUGUAACGAGCCCGUACAAGAUGCAGUGCCGAAUGUUCUAAUCUAA